AUGGCUGCACCGGAGAUUACUGAUAGGUGUGCUCAACUUACACUUGCGGACGUGGAUGACGAAGGCAUAUCUUUGCAAGUUCCUGAUCAUACUGUUGAUGAUGGGGUUGAGGAUGAUGGAUUUUAUGCGGUGGGUAGAUUGGUGACUGAUAAACCAGUGAGGUUCGCGUAUUUUCAGGAUACUAUGGCCGGUGUAUGGAGACCUGCCGUGGGGGUGAAUAUGCGCGAGUUGCAACCACGAAAAUUCCUAUUCCGAUUCUAUCAUGAUGGUGAUCUUACUCGUAUUUUGAACGAUGGCCCUUGGACUUAUGAUCAAAGUUUGUUGCUUAUGAAACGGGUUCAAGAGGGUGUUGAUCUUGAAUCCAUUCCCCUUACUCAUGCUGACUUUUGGGUGCAAAUCCAUUCCCUGCCGGUAGGUUUACGCUCGGCUUCGGUGGUCAUGGCCAUUGGCUCCUUCUUGGGCACGUUUGUUUCUACUGAUGAGCGUAAUUUUGAUGGGGGUAUGCAGACUUUCUAUAGGGUGCGAGUGUCUUUGGAUGUGGUGAAGCCUCUCAAGAAACAAAUGAAACUGAAACGUGAUUCGGGUGAGUGGGCUGUUGUUGAUUUCAAGUAUGAACGCUUGCCGAAAUUUUGUUUCUUGUGUGGUGUGAUUGGGCAUGGUGACAGAUUCUGUCUUAAGGCGCUGCAGGACUGUAAUCUAAACGCGGUGAAACCUUAUGGUUCGUGGUUAAGAGUGAAUCCUGGGCGUGCAUUGCCAAAUCAGAAUCAAUGCUGGAUACCCCCUGAAUCCACCAUAGAACGUCGCCGCUGGAUUUCUCCGGUUAUGGCAGAGGCUGCUUCCCAUACUGUUGAUAUACAUGGUGAAGGCAGUGAGAUUCAGGGUGAUAGAACCACUUGCAUGCAACCUACUGUUUCUAUGGACUCUGAUGAGUUGCCCAUUUUGAACAUUGGCGAUCAAAAGAGGAGAAGGGUACUACAAUCUGCUUCAAUUGGCCAGGCUUCUGCAUCUGUUAGUAUUGGUGAGAGUACUUAUCUAGAUAACAAUGGUGUUCCGGCGGGACUUGCAGUGCAGGCCCGCCAAGAUCAAUGA